AUGAAAACACCCGUGGCCACGACCCCACCAACCAAUGACGAAGGAGAAAAUGACAUAAGAUUUCCUUACAGAGAAGCUGUAGGAAGCCUGCUAUAUAUGGCAUUGGCUGUAAAUGUGGAAAGUCGAACCUUGGAAAUUCCUGACAAACUAGCUGUGAAAAGGACCCUUGGGUAUGUGAAAGUUACACGAGCUUCAGGAAUAAAAUAUACCUCAUCUGACUCCGAAACUGUGGAAGUGGAAGCAUUUAGUGAUGCUGAUUAUGCAGGGGAUGUAAAGGAUAGGAAGAGUGUAAUGGGAUAUGUAAUUAUGAUGUCAGGGGGCCCAAUAUCAUUGUGCUGUAGGAAAUAUUGUUGCAUUAUCAACCACUGA